CGCUUACUUCUACUACAUAAAUUCUACCAUUUUUUACUCUGCUACUUGUAACAAAGAAAAUACUCCAUAGCGUCGCCCAAGUUGUGCUAGUUUGUACGCUGCGCAAUAAAGUAGUGCGCAUCCCUUUUACAAUGUAGACAAGAUGUUUUUGUUUAACACUACGUUUGUGUUUAACAACUUAAAAUCUAUGCCGAAAAUACUGAUUGAUCCCUUUUAGAGCACACAUACUCUAAGUUAAAAUUGAUGCACGGUCGUUCAUCACGCUGCGUACAAUCGCGUCUUAUUUUCUUUAUUUGUGAUGAUACUUUUUAGACUCAUUGGCUUUUCGUUAAAUUUUUGCUCCAAUUAUAAUUUUCUUGGGCAUUAUCAUUACAUCACAUAGACAUUAGACAUUACAUGGACAUUACUACAGAUUAAGACAUUACUAUGACAUAAUUUCUGGCGCGAAAUUAAGUGCCGUGCUAUGCAGUUUGAUUAAGGUUAUCAAUGAUUAUUUACCAUACAAAUUAUUUACAAUAUAAGGAUAAUAAAAAACAGCUACAUUAAAAAAUUGUGCCAUUUAUGAUGGAUAUAAUCAAAAAGAAACUACAAAAUGCUUUAAAGUUAAGCGGUUUUAUAGUUCGCAGUGAACUUUGCAAAGUAAUAGUUGAAAAACUAUUAGAAGAACAUAUUGAUCUUCAAAAUAAACAAACAUUUGAUACAUAUUUGAAGAAUAUUUGUACAAGUUUAGAAGAACAGUGCCUUUCAGACAAAAGCAUUGAAAAAGAAAACAUAUUACAAGCUGUCGAGGUUUGUCUUCAUGCUGGUUAUGAUAGACACGAAACAAUUUUUUCUGUAAUUUCUGCAUUUGAUUUUCCUAAUUUCAUGUACGAUUCUGACAGAAAAAUAUUUAUACCAAAUAUGAAAAAGCCAAAACUCUUACCAGAUGCUUCCUCUAAGUCUCAAUUAUUCAUUGAAAGAUAUAACACAGUUUACCAGAGAACAAAGCGAAAUUUCAAAAGAAUAUUAAAUGAUAACGACAAUGUAAUUGUUCUUCAAACAGUUGAUUAUCUAUUGACUACUACACAAGUAACUCUUGAAAAUACACUUAUCUUGGGGGCUCUAUUGCUAGUUUCAGAAGGAAAAUAUUACUUAGAAGACCCAUCUGGUAAAGUUCAGCUAGAUCUAACAUAUGCAAAUUAUGAUAAAGGUUUUUUUGUUGAAAACUGCUUUGUUUUGGUAAAUGGUGAAUAUGAAGAUAAAAUUUUACAAGUAGCUACUAUCAUCUUACCUCCAGGAGAGGAUUAUAAGGAUUCAAGAAUACCAUUUGGUAAUCUUAAUUAUUUUGGUGGAAGUUCAUUAACACCUUUGAGAGAUUCUUUAAGACUUAAACAACAUCUACAACAGGACAAAUAUGGUGAAUUUUUAAUAUUUUCUGACCUUUGGCUUGAUCAUCUUUCUGUUUUUAAUAAAUUGGAAGUACUCUUUAAUGGCAUGGAAGGGAAUCCUCCUGUUUGUUUUAUCUUCAUGGGAAAUUUUAUGACUGACUCUUUGGGUUCUGAAAAAUUAGAUAAUUUAAAAAAGCAUUUUAAGCAAUUUGGAGAAUUAGCAAGGCGUUACCAAGGUUUAACCAAUAAUAGUCAUUUUAUAUUUGUACCAGGCCUAGAGGAUCCAAGUACAUCUCAUAUUAUUCCAAGGUUUCCAUUACCAUCAUUUGUAACUGACGAACUUAAAAAAUAUUUGCCAAAAGCUGUGUUUACCACAAACCCGUGCAGAAUACAGUACUGUACAAGAGAGAUAGUGAUUUUCAGAGGGGACAUUUUAGCAAAAUUAAUGCAGGGAACAGUACACAAACCAAAAAAAGAAAACGUUUCCGAAAGCAUAAUUAAAACGAUUAUUAGUCAAGGUCACUUAAGUCCUAUGUCGCUUAAUUCUCUUCCGGUCUAUUGGGAUUACGAUUACACUUUACGCUUAUAUCCAUUACCUGACGUGGUUAUUAUUGGCGACAAAUCAGAUGCCUAUCAAGGAGUUCAUCAUGGGUGUACAAUAGUAAAUCCUGGUCCAUUUUGUGAAAAUAAUUUCCAUUUUAAAUCGUACUAUCCUUUUUCAAACUUUGUAACAGAUUGUCAGCUGUAGUCACUUACUAUAAUCAGUUUUAAGCCUUUUAAAUUUAUUAAUUUAAUUGAUAAGAAUAUCGUAACCGUU